ACUACAACCCAUACUCGUUCUCGGAUCAACGAAACGGUAUCGUCAUGCUGUCUUUUCACGGAAUUUUUCAUCUGAUAUUUUGGUGAGGUAGACAAACGGAAAGCCGAGCAAUGUAGUGAGUGGGGGGAUGGUCGUGGUCGGGUUCUGGGUCUUUGACAGUGAUGCAACAGGCCGCACCGCCGCUGGGUCGCUCCGAUGCCCUUCUUCCAUGGGGAUAAGGGUUCCCCGCAUAUGUGCGUGUACAUACAUACAUACAAUGGGGGUGAGGCAAAAAGUACAUGGCCCCCGGGAGGGUGGUGGGUGGGUUGAGCUAUCGGAGGGCCAGCUCGAGACAAGGCAGAUGUCAUCUCUUGGCUUUUGAGAAGAUGGGACCCUUUAAGCGGUGCAUUCCCACCCCCCUUUUCGUCGAUUGAAAGGAUUUUCUUGUUCAAUUUUUGAUCGAGAUAUUUUGUGAAGUGUGAUUGAACCUGCAUUCUGCAGGAGCCAGACAACUGCCGAAUUGUCAUUGUUUUGUUUGCACCAACCAACAAACUUACAUACCCAGGAACAACCAACAACCACAAUGGGCGCCGCAAAAGGAACAGCCCUCAAAACCCUCCAGUUUCUCCUCCGCACCCUCCAGUUCUGCUGCGCGGCCCUCGUCCUGGCAGUCUAUGCUUACUUCCUCACCACUCUCAGCACCCACUCCCUCCCCAUCGGGACCUUCGUCCGGGCAGUCCUCGGCAUAGCCGGCGCAGCAACCGCUUACACAAUCCUCGCUUUUCUGUUACUAUGUUGCGCCCCGGGCCACCCAUUCCCGAGCUUUCUGAUGAUGGUGCUUGAUGUGGCGUUCAUCCCCUGCUUUGGGUACAUCGCCGGGGUGAACAGACACGGGGUAGGUAACUGCACGGGCGAGGUCGACACCGUGCUGGGGGUGGGGAAUAGUUGGAGUGAGAGGGGGGGUUUGCAGUAUGGGACCGCGUGUGAGAUGGCGAAGGCGGUUUUUUCGGUGGCUGUUGCUGCUUGCAUCCUCUUCGCCCUCUCCUGCCUGGUAAACCUCGCCCUGGCCCGCCACCGCAAGAGAGAGAAACGGUUCGGACCGUCCCCCGCAAACGACUACACCGCCGGGUACGGCAAGAAAAAGAACCGUUUCAGCGCGCUGUUCGGUCGGAGAAGAGGCGGGCAACAACAAACAGAUUUGGGGCCGGAUCCGAACGCCCUGCCUGUUCACACCACGCCGGAUGAGGUGAGGAAUAGCUAUGGGACUGAUAACACCAGGGUGGCGAGCAACCAGGGGUAUGGCGGGCUUGCAGCAGCUCAAAAGUAUGAGCAGCAGACGCUGCAUUCGCCUGGGGUUGCGAAUGGCGAUAUGGGGUUGAUGAACGGGAGUGGAAACGGGUAUGCUAAUAGUGGCAAUGGGUUUACCAACGGUAACACGUACGGGAACGGGCAUACGUAUGAUGGGAGCGGUAAUGGAUAUGGGAAUCUUCCGCCUCCGCAGCCAGCGGCGAGGUAUUGGAACUCAAAUACACACACGGGAGGCUAUCGGGGGUGAGAGAAAACAGCAUGGAAGUGUAAGAUACGUCGGGUGAAAGAGUGUGUAGGGGGGAUUUACGGCAAGUAUUGGGGAGGAUUACUUUCGUUGCUCUCAAAAGCUCCAUUUACUUUGUAACUUUACCAAGAAGGGAUAAUCUGGGGUUCGGGCAAUUUGUACAUAUAGGUAUUUUGCACAUAACUCAAAAUCAAGAGUCAUUGCUUAUC